AAAAAAAAAAUCAAAAGCAGCGUUUUCUGAGUCAUAACGCAUUCUCUUAUUGUUAGAUGAACUUUGUUGAAAAUUAAGAAAGUCUUGUUCAAUAUGAAGCGAGAAUCACCUUAUUCAGUAUUCCUCGUUUUUCUCGAGCUAUAAAAACAGUCUCACUUGGUAACUACAGUUAUCAUUGGUAUAUUUGCCUCGCACACUUCAUAAUUUUGCACGCAGAAUCUCAAUCUCCUAGAAUCUUUGUCAGAGCAUAGGAACACUUCAUCUUUCACCAACAAUGGAAGAAGACCCUGACAAGAAAAAGAAGAGGGAAGAUAAGGCAAGAGAGAAGCAAUUGAAAAAAGAAAAGUUUCUUCUUAAGCAAGCUCAGGAACAGGAUCGGCACCCGUCUCGUGCCUCAAAAAGGAAUGGAAGAAAAAAUGUGAAAGGUGGAGUAGAGGAUGAGAAUCCUGAAGAUUGUGUUGAUCCUGAGACUCCUUCAGGUGAUAAGAAACGUAUGUCCUGUCAAAUGUCAAAGCAGUACAGUCCAAGUGCUGUGGAGAAAUCGUGGUAUGAGUGGUGGGAGAAAUCAGGGUUCUUUGUGGCAGAUGCUAGCAGCACCAAACAACCUUUUGUUAUUGUUUAUCCUCCUCCUAAUGUGACUGGUGCUCUCCACAUAGGUCAUGCUCUCACAGCAGCAAUACAGGACACAAUGAUUCGUUGGCGAAGAAUGUCUGGAUACAAUGCUUUGUGGGUGCCUGGGAUGGACCAUGGUGGGAUUGCAACACAGGUAGUUGUGGAGAAAAAGAUAAUGCGUGAAAAACAAUUAACCAGGCAUGAUCUUGGCCGUGAGAGAUUUAUAUCUGAGGUUUGGAAAUGGAAACACAAGUAUGGGGGCACAAUAUUACAACAACUACGUCGGUUAGGAACCUCUAUGGAUUGGUCUCGUGAGUGUUUCACAAUGGAUGACAGAAGAUCUAACGCUGUGACAGAAGCUUUUGUGAGGCUAUACAAGCAUGGCCUUAUCUACAGGGAUGUUCGUUUAGUGAAUUGGGAUUGUGUGUUACGAACAGCAAUAUCCGAUAUUGAGGUGGAUUAUGUUGAAAUCAAAGAAAGGACUCUGCUUAAUGUUCCGGGAUAUGCGAAACCGGUGGAAUUUGGGGUGUUAACAAAAUUUGCCUACCCUUUGGAAGGGAACCUUGGUGAAAUUGUUGUGGCCACAACUAGAAUAGAAACUAUGCUUGGUGACACUGCUAUUGCUAUACAUCCUAGUGAUGACAGAUUCUGCCAAUUUCAUGGGAAAUAUGCUAUUCAUCCAUUUAAUGGCAGAAAGCUUCCUAUAAUUUGUGAUACUAUUCUUGUUGAUCCAAAGUUUGGGACUGGUGCUGUUAAGAUUACCCCUGCUCAUGACCCCGAAGAUUUUGAUGUGGGGAAGCGUCACAACCUUGACUUCAUCAAUAUUUUCACUGAUGAUGGUAAAAUAAAUAGCAAUGGUGGCUUCAAAUUUGAGGGCAUGCCACGAUUUAAAGCUAGAGAAGCAAUCAUAGAAGUAUUGCAGCAGAAGGGCUUGUACAGAGGUUCUGAAAGCAAUGAGAUGCGACUUGGUGUAUGUUCGAGAAGCAAUGAUAUAGUGGAACCCCUAAUAAAGCCGCAGUGGUAUGUUAUGUCUGAGGAUCUGGGAAAGCAGGCUCUUCAUGCUUUAGAACGCAAAAAACUAGAUAUUAUACCAAAGCAAUUUACAGCUGACUGGAAGAGAUGGCUAGGAAAUAUACAUGAUUGGUGCAUUUCGCGGCAGCUAUGGUGGGGUCACCAAAUACCUGCAUGGUAUGUCAUGUUAGAGGAUGACACUCUUCAGGAAUAUGGUGCUUAUGAAGAUCAUUGGAUAGUGGCAAGAAAUGAAAAGGAGGCUCAAGAGGAGGCUAGCCUAAGGUAUAAUGGAAAGAAGUUUCACUUGAGGCAGGAUCCUGAUGUACUUGAUACAUGGUUUUCUGCUGGUCUGUAUCCAUUAUCUGUAUUGGGCUGGCCAGAUGUGACAGAAGAUCUUAGGGCAUUUUAUCCAACUUCUGUGUUGGAAACUGGCCAUGAUAUCAUCUUCUUUUGGGUUGCUCGGAUGGUGAUGUUAGGAAUGAAUCUGGGUGGAGAUGUGCCUUUUAGAAAGAUAUAUUUGCAUCCCAUGAUUCGGGAUGCACAUGGCCGAAAGAUAUCUAAGUCCUUAGGAAACGUUAUUGAUCCCAUUGAAGUGAUAAAUGGGAUAUCACUGGAAGGUCUGCAUAAGAGGCUAGAGGAUAGUAACCUGGACCCCAAAGAACUAACUGUAGCUAGAGCAGGUCAGAAGAAGGACUUUCCAGAUGGAAUUGAUGAAUGUGGUGCUGAUGCUCUCCGUUUUGCACUGGUCUCAUACAUGGCUCAGUCUGACAAAAUUAACUUAGACAUUAAAAGGGUAGUAGGGUACCGGCAAUGGUGUAAUAAAUUGUGGAAUGCAGUGCGGUUUGCUAUGACCAAGCUUGGAGAUGAUUAUACUCCACCUGCAAAAUUGAAUCCAGAUGUUCUUCCAUUUAGCUGCCAGUGGAUACUUUCAGUGUUGAAUAAAACCAUAUCCAAAACUAUAAAGGCUCUGGAGUCAUUUGAGUUCUCCAAUGCUACCAGUGCUGUGUAUUCUUGGUGGCAGUAUCAAUUGUGUGAUGUAUUUAUUGAAGUGGUUAAACCUUAUUUUACUGGUAAUGAUCCCAAGUUUGCUUCUGAAAGAAUAUUUGCAAAAGACACUUUGUGGUUUUGUCUUGACAACGGCCUGAGGUUGCUUCAUCCCUUUAUGCCAUUUGUCACGGAGGAAUUGUGGCAGCGCCUUCCUUCACCGAUGGAAUGCAAGAGGGAGGAAUCUAUCAUGAUAAGCAGUUAUCCAUCACCUGUCGAGUGCUGGAAUAAUGAAAGGGUGGAGGAUGAGAUGGCUCUUUUAGAGAGUGCUGUUAAGUCUCUCAGAUCACUAUCAAAUGAAAGACAUGAGAGGCGACCAGCUUUUGCUCUUUGCCAAACACAGAUGGUGACAAAGAUUAUCAACAACUAUAAACUAGAGAUUGUUACUCUAUCAAAUCUAUCCUCUUUGACUGUAAUCAAUGAAAAUGAUCCUGUUCCAUCUGGAUAUGCCAUGUCACUUGUAAAUGAAAGCCUUUCUGUUUAUGUGGAGCCUCAAGGAAAUAUUUUUUCAGAAGCAGGGCAAGAACAGAUUCAGAAGCACAUACAAGAGUUAAGGAAGCAAAUAGAAAGACUAGAGAAGACUAUAAACGCUCCAGCGUAUGAAGAUAAGGUUCCAUCGCAUAUUCAAGAUGGAAACAGAAAGAAGCUAGAGUCACUGCUAAAGAAGUUAGAUACCUUCAAAAUGUAACUCCUGAGAAAGUUGCUGGGCUUAUUAACGACUAGCUUCAGAUUAAAUAUUGUGAACUUGAUUAAUCAAGUUCCUUUCAUGGUUCUUUAUUGAAGCAUUAGAAAGAAAAAGCACAUUAGUUUCCCUAUGCAGUUUGUAUAUUUACGGGUUCAAUAAUUGGCUGUAAUACUUACCAAUGUACCAUUUCUAAAUUGCUAAAUUAAUGCAAUCUUUUCUAUAUCCUUUUUUCCCCCUA